AUGGUCCAUAGUGCAGAGGUCCUGAAAGUCCUCACGAUGGCAGAGAAGUUAAUGCUCUCUACAGAGAAUGCAAAUAAACUGGAAGAAAGUGCAAGAGGGAUCUACAUCCCUUGUCCAGAGCAUUACAAUGGCUUCUGCAUGCAUGGCAAGUGCGAGCACUCCACUAACAUGCUGGAACCGUCUUGCAGAUGUGAUGCCGGAUAUACUGGACAACACUGUGAAAAAAAGGACUACAGCGUUUUAUAUGUGGUUCCAGGUCCAGUACGAUUUCAGUAUGUCUUAAUAGCAGCUGUGAUUGGAACCAUCCAGAUUGCUAUCAUCUGUGUUGUAGUCCUCUGUAUUACAAGGAAAUGUCCCAGGAGCAACAGAAUCCACAGACAGAAGCAAAACACAGGGCACUACAGUUCAGACAACACGACAAGAGCAUCGACAAGUUCUAGUGGCAAUUUUGAGUCUACUGAACUCAGUAGUAGGGUUUUGAGUUGGUCCAAGAUCAGCGACAAUUAUGGAUGUGGGAAAGGUGAAGAAUAAUUUAACCUACAUUGAGGAGGGAUAAAAUAUUUCAGAUCCGGAGUCAACUACAUUUCAUCAGCUCUUCUCCCAUACCAUCUAUCUUUACUCUUCCAUAGCUUAGGAAGUCUUUGCCUUCUAAAUUAAAUCCUAACCGAAGGGGAAAUGGAAAGUCUUGGUAACUGCAAUGGGAGUGUCGGGGGUAAUGUUUCCAUUUGGGAGGAAAUUAGGUGUCUGUCAAGGUGAACCCUAUGAGAACACUUUGCAAAAUCUCCAACGCUGGUCACUGGAUUGAGUGAAAAUUGCUUCUCACUAUUGAUUGAAAAUUAUUAGGUUAAAAAAGUUAAUAACAUAAUAACAGCUGAAAUGCCAGCACCAUUUGUACCUCAUGAACAUGCUGAUAUAAUUUAUUUUUUCAAAGAGAAGGUGAAAACCACUCAGAAAAUACCUUAUGAAUAACUUUAUGGGUGACCCAACUCCAUUAAAUGUAAUGAGCUCAAAUGUUGGCUAUACCUCAGGAAAAUAAGGGCAUGUGUUUUGUCACAUCCACAUGAUGGACAA